GCCACGUAUUUUGUGGAUUACAUUUUGCUUUGCCAAUAUUUUGUAUAUCAUAAUGAACUGGAGUAUGCAAAUAUUGUCGACCUUUCAUUAUCUAUUCCACGUCGCAUUCACUACAAACAGACAAGGCAGCCAUUUUCAGUGCUGUUUGGGACUUUAUUUUCAGUGCAAUAUGAGGAUCGGUACGAGACAGUUCAAUAUACUCAGCACAAUUGUAUUGAGCUUUUAUUUAGUAAGUUGGUUGAUUCUGACGAUUUCUACUGGAGUAGACGACGGUGACCAGGAGGACACACCUAACCAGGGGUUUCUUCUUCUACACGACCAGGAGAUGAACCCAAGCUUCAUGUUUCACCGUAAAGCGCGUCAUCGUGUUCAUGUUGACAACGGCGGCUAUUCCGAAUUGCCUACGUCAUCUAUUCGUCACCAGGACAACCCAAAUAGUACAUCCAUUAAUGUUACAGUCUAUCCGCCACUGUACAGUGAGAAGAUCAUCAAUCCACAUGGAUUUGAAUUUACAAUAACCAAUCAGGAGGCUUGUACCAAGGCGAUUAAGAAAUGGAACAUGCCACUUUUUCUACUGAUUCUCGUCAAAACAAGACCGGAAGAUUUCUUUGACCGGGUGCAAAUACGACGAACUUGGGGCAGUAUACAGAAUGUUUCCAAUCAUCUGACAUUGACAAUGUUUCUACUUGGUGAGACCGCUCAUGCCGGCGUGAAAAGAAGCGUAUUCCGUGAAAGUUACAAGUAUAACGAUAUCAUUCAAGAGAACUUCACAGAUGCGUACCUUAACCUUACCAUAAAGAACAUGAUGGGUUUACGGUGGGCUAGUACAUGGUGCACAGUAGCUACUUAUGUUGCUAGUGUGGAUUCAGAUAUCAUGUUAAAUGUAUAUAACCUUGUAAAACGUCUGAUUGACAAACCUAAGCUUCUAUAUGCUGAAGGAAGUCUCAAGACAAACUGGACGCCAUACCGGGAUCCGGACGGAGCGAGCAACAAAUGGUAUACUCCGGUUGAACUGUACCCGGAACCAACUUAUCCACCUUUCUUUCCAGGUGGCUGUUACGUCAUGUCCAGUGACGUAGCGAGUACGAUCUUCAAGGAGUCCGUACACGUUCGCUUCUUACCAUGGGACGAUGUCUUCUUUGGCUUAGUCAUGAAACGAGCCGGAAUAACGCCUCGCAACGGCGAAGGCUUCCAAAUUUACGUCUCACUUUAUCGUAAAUAUUUCGUCAGGAAGGUGUUUGAGAAAGGCAUUGCUGUAAUUACGGUUCACCAUAAACAGACAAUGGAUGAGCGACUCAUUCAACUUUAUGAGAGUGUAAUGCGCAAGUACAACGUGACAGUACUUAACUCUGGUAACGACUUCUGGUAUUCGUUUUUGGGUCAUAUAUUCUUAGUAGUAUUCCUGGUGGUGUGGCUUUUAAGUUAUUUCAUUUACCUCUUUAUGUUAUUAUAAUACAGCUCAAUCAACAACUCUGAAAUCCAAGCAUUUUCGGCAAGAGUAUAAUUUUAAACUUCAAACGUCAAGCUUAUUGAAUUGUUGAAAUAAAAACACGCAUGAAAUCAAAUAUAAUAUCAUGGCUGGUUGAUGGGUUUUUGCAUGCUAUAAUAGUGUUCAUCUCACUGAGACGAAAUAUGUUUUGUGGCUUGUUUUGCUCAUUUCUCGGGGGCUGCAGUUCCUCGUCGGAGUGUAUGGUAUUUCGGGGGAGGCUUUCUACUUCAUUGUCUUCGGGCCCUGUAGGUUUGUUGUGAAUCUGUGGACAUUUUGAAAAAGUACCUUGUGUUUAUCGUUUGUGUUAU